GUGACAUCCGGAAAUAGCGUACGUCAUUGCCAACAGAUUCACAGUUUCAUCGCAAUAAUCAUUAGCUAAAGAAAUUAUCCAUUUUACAACGUAACAUAUUACAAAUAAGCGCGAAAACUCGUGAUACUCUUCCUUUAGGAUUAAUUAUUAAUAUAGUUCAAUUUAAUUAUAUUCAAAAAUGUUUAUCCUCGACUGGUUCACUGGAGUGUUGGGAUUUCUUGGUCUAUGGAAAAAGUCAGGCAAGCUCUUGUUUCUGGGACUUGACAAUGCAGGGAAGACAACACUCUUACACAUGUUGAAAGAUGAUAGACUUGCUCAACAUGUACCUACUUUACAUCCUACAUCCGAGGAACUGUCAAUAGGCAGUAUGCGUUUCACGACGUUCGACCUCGGUGGGCAUCAGCAGGCGCGUCGUGUGUGGCGCGACUACUUCCCCGCGGUGGACGCGAUAGUGUUCCUGGUCGACGCGUGUGACCGGCCACGUCUGCCGGAGUCCAAGGCUGAACUAGACUCGUUGCUCACUGACGAGACGCUCAGUAACUGCCCUGUGCUGAUUCUCGGCAACAAGAUUGAUAAACCCGGUGCUGCCAGUGAAGACGAACUACGUCACUUUUUCAAUCUGUAUCAGCAGACCACUGGAAAGGGAAAAGUAUCGAGGUCCGAACUUCCCGGUCGGCCGCUGGAGCUUUUCAUGUGCUCGGUGCUGAAGCGUCAGGGCUACGGCGAGGGCUUCCGCUGGCUCGCGCAGUACAUCGACUGAGCGCGUUGCAUCCGCGUCAUCAAGCUUCGUCAACGUAGCUGCAUAUUUACUAAGACCGAUACUUUAUUUUACAAUUUUAUUCAUGAAAAAUAUAUUCCUGGUAAGAUAUAAAAAAAAAGAGUACUGUGAACUUACCUGUCGUGUUAUAUGAUAAAACAGAGUAGAUACAUCUUCUGGAGCACUAAUUACUGGUUUCAAAGUUAUUGUUAGUGAUGAAUACUAAGUAUGGCUCCAGAAGGUGCUUCUCUCUGCCUUUUUUUAUUUCAACAAACAUUUAAGGAAGACAAACGGGACUUUUGGUUAGAGUCGAUUUUUAGAAAACUAAACAGAUUAUCUCGAAUUUUACGAACCGUAGUAGUCUCGAUAGAAAUAUUAUAAUAGUAUAAAACUGAAUUAAAAGACAUUUGAAUGUUUCCAAAUGUAAUGAAAAAUUCUUAUCUUAAGUUUACAAGUAACAUUUCUAAAGUAAUGUAUCACAUUGAAGAGGAAACACUGUAAUAAAUGAAGUUGUAAUCAGCUUAAAAUAAUUUAAAAAAAUCUAUCGAAAUGAACAUGAGAGGAGACUAAAGUAUGUACCUGUUUAAAGAUUCAUCGACAUUGAAAUGUUUUAAAAAUUGAAAUUUUAUAAAUACAGAAAAAUUAGAUGAUAUGUUCUUAAUGAAUUUAAAUAUAUUUAGUGUUGUAGUAAGGUAAGUAGCUACGUUUACAAGUAACAUUUUAAACUUCAUUAUAGUCUUAACGCGCAACGCUUACAGACAGGCUCCUUCUCUUGAUACCAGCGCCUUCACUUAAACUUUAUUGUCUUCAUAGGGCCGAUUCUACUCCGCUUAUAAAUAGUAUGUAUUGUUUCAUUGUUAUUUUCGUCCAAAAAUCUUAUGUAUAAUAACGAUUCAGUCAGUUUUCAUUUAGAUGAAUAAUUUUCAUGCGGUCUAUGGCUUAAGUCAACAUGUGGAACAAAUAAAAUCAUGUAUGUAUGAUUUGUUAUAAUAUUCUUAUCUGUAGUCUAAUAUUUAGACCAGAGUUUUUAUCAGCUAAUGUCGUAUAGAUGAUAUAUGGCAUAUCGAUAAAUAACCUUCUGUCGGCGUUACGUAUUAUACUCGCCUUCCAGUAAUGUUUGUGUUUGAAGUACUGCUACCACUAAGUUCUGUAAUGCGUAUAAGAUUUUGUGACUAGAUUACACUAGACAGGUGCCAUGUUUCUCCAACAUGUUUAUUACUAUUUUUUAUGUUGUGAUUUUCUUAUGAAAGCUCAAUGUUACAAUGUUUUCGCCUUAAUAUCGUGAAGCGUAUCCGAGUGCUGUGAAAACAAGCAUUCCUAGAAAGCGAGUUAGUGAUAUUUAUAAAAUGUUUUGUGCCCUAGUUUGGACUGUAAGUAUUCGUAAUUCUAUAUUGAAUCAUUAACCUUAAAUCUAAAGGAUGAAGGUUUAUUCUUGUAAUUCUUUAGGUUUAUGAAACCUUGUUUUUCUUUUUAAUUUGGGCAAUGGUGCAAAGCAUGUCCAGCCAGAUAUAUCCUCAUGAUGGGAUAUUAAUAAUAUUUAUAUUUGCGAAUUCGCGUCGCGUUCAAUUAAGCAGAUUUUAAAAAUUCUCCCGGUAUGUUUAUUUGUCAUUAUAAUUUAUAUUAUGUACGUAUCGUCUUUGGAUUCAACUGUAUAAAAUAAUAAAUAAUAAUUAAAAUGACAUUAUAUUUAUUUUCUUGAUUUCAUUCCAACAUUGAGUGAUGGGCGUUCUGCAAAACUUCAAAUCGUAAUUAAUGUUUUUGUAAAUUAUUUUCUUGUAUUUUUUUGGGCUUUGUAUUAGAACGGUUAGUCUGAAUACUUAACGGCUAUUAAUUAUGUAAUUGUAAGGAUCAUCUCAGUGUGAUAUAAUAGGGUAUGUGACUAUUUAAAUUAUUCUUCGUUUAGAGGCCUCAAACUCUUGUGACGUCACACGUUGGUGAGCAGACUGUGACCUCGUCUGACCUUGUUUCUGUCCAAAAGCAUUUUUAUAUUUACUGUUAUGUUACGUCACAAACGUCACGUGGCUAUAAACAAUUAUUUGGGUGGUUUAAUAAUAGAUACUUAAGUACAGAUUUUUGUUGUACUAAAUUUAAGGAGCUACAGACUUACUGAUUUAAAUGUUGCAUUCCCUUCUCUUCUCAAAUUUAUUUUCACUCAUACAAGGCGGGGAUGCCGUAUGACCAUACAUAUAAAUACUAUAAUACAAUUAUUGGCUUUACUAAAAAUAAGAUUUAUUAAAGUAAAAAAAGGGAAGCAAUGUUGAAAGCUAUUACAUGUAUUUUGUAGCGAAUUCUUAGAAACUGCUCAGGCGAAGAACAUCAAAUAGAAAAUAUAUUCCCAUAUUUUGGUUAUAUUAAUUUAAAUGAAUAAUUUUGCGUGUGCGGCCUCAAAACUUUGCAAUACAUUACUUUGUACUAUCUAAGGUGAUACCGUGUGCCCCACCCGCAGUGUACAUAAAAUAGUCAAGUACCCUAUAUAGUUAAUUUUUUUGUUUUUUGAACAUCACAUGUGUCUGUCGAGUGGGCAGUAUUGGUGGGUUGGUAGACAAGCCGUUCUUGGAUCAUUCGCGUUCAGCUGUGCCCUGCGUCAUCUAUACAUUUGUUUCGAUAAUCUGCAGUUUGUCUUAAAAACAAAGUUUGUAAUAAAAUUUGUACGAAAUA